CCGUGUGCGAGUGCGCAGUUAGGAUGACUGGUUGGUUGCUGGGCAACAGGAGAAGGACGCGGUCUCAGUGAAACAUGAGGCUCAAACGGUUUCUGCUGCGGUAUUACCCGCCAGGAAUCAUUUUGGAGUACGAAAAAGGAGGGGAGACAAAGAACAAAUCCAUUGAUCUGCUUGACUUGACUCCAGUUGCAGAUGUAGAUGCUGUGGUUGAGGAAAUCCAGAAGAUUGAACCACUCAUAACUGCAUCUCGGACAGAGCAAGUGAAACAGCUGGUGCAGAGACUUCAGGAAAAGCUUGGUCAACAUGAUGAUCACAAAUUCUACCUGUUUAAGGUACUUCGGGCACAUAUACUACCACUGACAAACGUUGCAUUCAACAAGUCUGGAUCAAAUUUUAUUACAGGAAGCUAUGACAGGACUUGCAAAGUGUGGGAUACUGCAUCAGGAGAAGAGCUACAUACACUUGAAGGACAUAGGAAUGUGGUCUACGCUAUUGCUUUCAACAAUCCUUACGGAGACAAGAUUGCAACUGGUUCCUUUGAUAAAGCCUGCAAGUUAUGGAGCUCUGAAACAGGCAAAUGUUACCAUACAUUUCGUGGACACACAGCAGAAAUUGUAUGUUUAUCAUUUAAUCCUCAAAGUACCCUAGUAGCAACAGGCAGUAUGGAUACGACAGCAAAGCUCUGGGACAUCCAGUCUGGAGAAGAGUCUGUUACACUAACAGGACAUUCAGCUGAAAUCAUUUCUUUAUCAUUUAAUACAACAGGGGACAAGAUUAUCACAGGCUCCUUUGACCAUACUGUUUCUGUUUGGGAUGUGGGAUCUGGCAGGAGAAUGCACACUCUGAUUGGACAUCGAGGAGAGAUCAGCAGUGCACAGUUUAAUUGGGACUGUUCGCUCAUUGCUACUGGAUCAAUGGACAAAACCUGCACACUUUGGGAUGCUGUCAGUGGAAAAUGUGUGGCAACAUUGUCUGGACAUGAAGACGAAGUACUGGAUGUUUGCUUUGAUUACACAGGGCAACUUAUAGCAACUGCAUCAGCCGAUGGUACUGCAAGAGUUUACAGUGCAGCAAGUCGCAAAUGUAUGGUGAAGCUAGAAGGCCAUGAAGGAGAAAUCUCCAAGAUUUGUUUUAAUCCUCAGGGCAGUCGCAUUCUUACAGGCAGUUCUGAUAAGACAUCCAGGCUUUGGGAUCCUCGCACAGGCCAGUGUCUUCAGGUGUUAGAAGGUCAUACUGAUGAAAUUUUCUCAUGUGCUUUUAACUAUGAAGGAAAUGCCAUCAUCACAGGAAGCAAAGAUAACACUUGCAGGAUAUGGCGGUGAACGAAGAUAGAGUUACAAAAAAUAACUUUAUAAAUUCACACUGAUAAACAUCGAAGAAUGCUGUUAUGUUGUUGUAUAAGUAGAGUCUAUAUUAUUUCAGACAUUCAUCGUCUCAAAGGACUUCUAUAAAGAAAUCUAAGCAACAUGUUCAGUUUCUUUGUUAUGUAAAAUGUUAUUGCAAAGUAGUACCAAACAAGAUACAUCAGCUCAGCAGAGAAUCAUCUUUGAUAAAAGUAUGAGUUGCACUUCUGACUGCAACAAAGCUCUCAAGCCACAGCAAUUUUUUUCCCCUUUUUAACAAGGUUUGUUAGAAUUUUAAGCUUUAAUGUGGUUAAUACAUGUUUUAACGGUUCUGAAGUUUGCAAACAUUAAAAAAACUAAAUUUGAUCGUGUUUGAUCAUUAUGAGUUGUUGCAAAUAAAUUCAAUGCUUUU